GUAAAAUAAUAAACGUUCUUCAAUUCAAAAGGUUUAAAUUCAGUCAAUUUUAACAAAAUCAGUUCGAAAAAUCAAUUUAAAAAAAUUAUCCAUUUGUUAAAAAAUGAAAAUCUUUCUAGUUUUACUAGCUUUAAUAAGCUUGUGUCAUGCAAAUUCACAGCCAAUAAUUCGAAAUACAAAGAAAUAUGGCUGCAUUGAUGGACAUUGUGGAGCACUGUGCUCAUGGGAAGGUGCUAAAUUAUUUCCAGGAUAUAAUGUCAAUCAGCAACGAAAAUGCAGACUAUUGGCAUGCAAUCAAAACUUUGACAUUGUCAUCACUACCUGUCCAUUUGAUAUGACUGGUCAGACUGUGUUUGUAGGACAAGAUAACAGAAAACCAUACCCAGAAUGCUGUGGACGACGAGUUUCAAGGAAUUUUUAAUAAAUAUUAGCAAUAAAAUUGUCUUCAAUAAAUAAAUGCAAUGAGCAAAAUAUUUGAGUCUUUACAUUGUAAGUUGACUAACCUUACUAGCCUUUAAGAGUCAUCAUUCUUUAAAACUACAGAUCUAAAUAAUUUAACAUUGAUGUUUAUCGAAUGCUGCAUCUUUCUGAGAAUGAAUCAAGAGAAUCAACUGCUUUU